CGAAUUUUGCCAUGUGUUUUCACAAGACAAGACGCUGCAAUUAUUUCGGUAUUAUCAUUGGAGGACGAAGAAAGUAAAAGUGUCGGCUCAGAAUUACUUUACUGCAAAUUGCCAAAUCAAAUAAAAUGCGUUCAUGUCGAAGUCAUUAAUCAGAAUUUCCAAAUUGGAUUACUCCAGGACGGGGAUGGGGCCAAGUAAAAACACAUCAAUAUGUUUGUUGUUUUGUAUCGUAACGGCAGUCUACAUCGGAAUCCAAAUUAUUUAUGCUGCUGGAUUUUUACCAACAAAAGGAUUCUUGAUAAAGGUACUCUAUACCGAACCUUCCUUACCUCCACCUUAUAUCGCUUUUCUUGCGUCCAUUUUAACGCCGAGGACGAGCGAGAUGGAUCGACCAUGCUUAUGGAGGUUGUUUCGUGACAGAAAUAUCAUGUCGCAGCUGGAAAUGAUGCUGGAGGACCCGAACCGCUAUGCAGAACUACAUACAUUCAUAGUUGCGAAUUUCGACGUUUGUAUCAUCAAAAAUGAUACUCCUGCUAACAAUGCACAAAAUACCAGUCAUUUGAGUCCCUUUCCUGGAUUACAAUCGGAUGAGUCAGAAAAUCCACCGUGUUUUCGUCAACCGGCGGAUUUGAUAUUCGGUCCAACUAUACGACUUGAUAUAGACCCGCCUACACUGGACGGAAUUAGCAAAAACUAUCCCCAGUUACAUCCAGGAGGAUAUUAUCCUGGACCUUUUUAUUGUAGAAAACCAAGACAUUCGACGGUUAUCAUCAUACCAUUUCGAGACAGGAAAAUACACCUCAGAUACUUUCUCCACUACACAAUCGGUACAUUGAUAGAGCAACAGCUACGUUUCCGAAUCAUUGUCGUUGAGCAAGAAGGCAACGGCACUUUUAACAAAGGCCAGCUUAUGAAUACAGGCUUCAAUUGGGCAGUGAAAAAUACUUCGAUAAAAUGGGAUUGCUUUGUAUUUCAUGACGUAGAUAUGAUUCCUGAAAUAGUGGGUAAUUUAUACAAGUGUACAGAUGAAACGAUGAUUUUACAUUUUUCUCCAUAUAUCGAUAAAUUCAAUUAUACUUCAUCACCAAAGAUAGGCGUAACAGUUGGUGGGGCUGUUGGAUUUACUGAAUGGCAAUAUAAAGUUGUAAAUGGAUAUUCCAAUGUCUACUGGGGGUGGGGAGGAGAAGAUGAUGAUAUGAAUGUCCGAAUACGGCUGAAUGGAUUACGAAGACUAAGACCAAAGCAACCCUUCGGAAGAUAUAAAAUGAUUCGUCAUACUAGAGACCACGGUAAUCCGACCAAUCUAAUUCGUCACAAACUCUUGAAAUCAGCACGAACUAGAAUGCCAUUGGACGGACUUGCUAAUCUCGAAACAACCAUAAUGAAAACAAUUCUACACCCAACACACACUCGUUUGAUAGUGAAGGUGAAUCGCAACACAAAUCCUCCUCCUGACAUUAAAAUACCUAAAAAUCAAAAGCAAACUACGGGAAAAGAAUCUGAUUCCAAAUCUUCAGAAAGCAUAAAGAAAGGUCAAAAGAAAUCUUCAAAUUCACCCAAAAAGCAGUCAAUGGAUCAAAGAAAUAUUGUGAAUGAAAUUGUGAUGGUAAAAGAAAAAGUAUAAUGAAUUCAAUGUAAUUGCUCAGUAGGUAAAUUCUAAAAGCGAAACUAUCUCAGUACCCUUUUUGUUACACAAAGUAUCUUCGAUAUUUACCAUGGCGAUCCAAGUGUCUUACUCUACUAUUUCAAGUUCUGUAAGGGGGAAAGGGAGUCUAGUUUUUAUGUAAAUUUGACUCAAAAAGAGAAACGUUUUAGUUGUCUAAAAAAGUUCUUGUUAUACUGAUCACCGCGUCCUUUCCAAUCUUCAACGUGUUCAUAAGUAAGAUUUGCUGUACAGCACCAUAUGAUAUUAAAAUAAAAAAGUACGUUGCAAUA